GUUUUGUUGAAGUAAAUAGUGAAGUUUGUCUCGCGUGUGGCCUUCGAUUUUUUGUGUAAAAAUUUUGCAAAAAUUCAUGUGCUAUAAAUUGAAAUAAUAGAAAGCAAUAAUGACGGAUAUUCAGCAGCAAAUCCCACAAAUCGAACACCUGGACGAACGUGAACUGUAUGUGCAAUGUAUUACAAAACAACUGGAGGAGGUCGACAUGCUUUCAUCGAUCUACUGUACACCCGGUGAAAUGCAUAUUUUGGAUGCCAGCGUAAUUAGCGACUUCAAUGACUUCCUCAACACGCCUACAGCCAAUCCUGCGAAUGCGCUGAAGGCACAUUUGGAUUUCACGAUAACUCUGAUCGUGAUGCAGGGCAAGUGCAAAGAGAAAAUGGAUAUACGCAUUGAGUUGCCCAAUCUCUAUCCAUUGCUGGAGAAUGCUAUAGUGACUGUCUUCAACGCGCUGCUGGGCAAAGCUAAAGAGUUGUAUUUGAAGCGUGAAAUUGAAAAGUACAUAGAGACAAUGGAUAAGACUGAAUGUUAUGUGUUUCAAGUGGUCUCCUGGUUGCAGGACGAAUUGAAUGAAUUGAUUGUGCGCGAUGCCAGCGAAUUUGCGUACAAGGAUGAUGUAGUGGAUGAGAUGGAAAGUGUGAUGGAAUGCGAGCGGUUAUGGAUUUACUCGCAUCAUAUCAAGUCGAAGAAAAAGCGGCAAGAAAUACAAAGGGAGGCGCGUAAUUUGGACUUGACUGGAUUUUCGCGUCCUGGCAAGCCGGGAAUUAUAUGUGUAGAGGGCUUGCGGGAGAGCACGCAGGAAUUUUGGCGCAUAAUUAAGGCUAUGCGCUGGCAGCAUAUAACGAUUUGCAAGAGCGAACCCUGGCAGGGGAAACUGAAGAAGCGACGACGCUUUGAUGGUUUCAAAGAGCAGCUCUUCUGUGAUGAUCUCGACAAUGAGGAUGGUGUAAUGAAUAUGGGGCUGUUCAUCAAAUAUUUGGAGGCUCACAAAUCGGGUUACAUGAAGAAGGAGCUGUUCGGUUUGGAGUAGUGGCGAGUUGAAUAAAUGAAAAACUAUAAACGGGAGUGCGGCACAAAAAAUUAAAUUAAAAAAAAGAGAAGAAAAAUAUACUUUGAUAUACAAGUAUGUAGUGUUAUUCUUCAUUU